AAUUACGAGCGAGAUUUGAUAAUGGUGAAGAUCCAAACGAUCCAAACAGUGGUGGUUCACCGUUCUUCUAUUCUGACAAUAAUCCAUUUAUGCAGCAAUUUGGCGGUUUUCCAUUUACUGGGUUUCCGUUUAGUAGUGGCGAAAGCAGUGAGGGACAAUAUCAGUUCCAUUUUAAUUUUCCUUAA